AUGCUUUCUAUCAAGGGAGCCUGUUCUAAUGCACGGCUUAGAUUCAACUCAGGAUGCGUGGAGAAAUCCAUCCAGGAGCCAUGUCGCAUGUGUGCGCUUGCCAAGGCAGAGCUGGAACGCCGCAUCGAGAAGGCGACAUACUCGGACUACAGCACGGGCACAGAGGAGCUUCCAUCCCUAGAUGAUGUUCCUCAGGAUUGGGACAGCCGCCAUCCAAUGUGGAACAGAGAGAACCUUGAGCGUCCUGAUUGGCAGCUCCGGACUUCGAAAGCGCGGACGAAAGCUCAUCGCGCUUACGCCGCCUGGCCUUGCGCGGACUGA